ACCAUCUGAAAGAUGAGGUCAGUUGCUUGUAACUGAAUAAGCUCCCUUGGCUAGGGGAGUGAAGUUUGCUGUUUACAUGCCGGGCUUUCUGCACCGCGUUCCACGUCUAACCAACUUUUAACAUAUCUUGCAGGGACACCAUGCCAACAGAUUCAUGAGCCAAAACACAUGCUGAAUGCAACUUCAAGAGGAGAAACAUUCCACUGCUUAUUGUACACAGAGUACUCAAUUUACUUAGCAUAAAAUAAUGUCAUAACUCAACAGAGGUUCCACAUUUUGUAAACCAUAUCACGACUCUCGGCAGGCUGAUUUAGGUUUGAAUGAUGGACACUCUUUUCAACUUCAAGUUGGAGGACCUUGAGAUAAUGGGUAGAUCCAUUGUACAGAUAAUCAGUAUAGUUUCUCAGACAGCUAUGGUACUGGGAGGUGUGGUCCCAUUCAUUCCCCAGUAUCUUGACAUCAGGCGUACUCACAAUACUGAAGGCUUCUCAUUAUUUGUGUGCUUAACUCUGCUAAUUGCCAACAUACUCCGCAUCAUGUUUUGGUUUGGAAAGCACUUUGAACUGCCUUUGCUGGUACAGAGUAUUAUUAUGAUUUUUGCUAUGCUCGUCUUAGUGGAGCUUUGUGUCAGGGUGAACCAGACAAAUGAGAUAAUUUCUUCAAGAUCACGUCGUUUCACAGGUCAGGAUAGUUUGGCAUACUCUCACUUACAGACUCAUUCUUUUCUGGAUUUUGAUCCAGAGCAUUUUUGGAAGUGGACAGAUUUUCUCAGCUAUGUGGAAUUUUCUCUCACUUUCACUCUGCUGGUGGGAAUUGUAACUUUACUGUUGAUCAAUGUUCCCGUUUACGUUGAACUCUUGGGUUUUGCGGCUGUCUUCACAGAAGCCAUGCUUGGGGCACCACAGUUCUACAGAAAUUUCCAGAACAAGUCUACAGUAGGGAUGAGCAAGAAGAUGGUGGCCUUCUGGACAUGUGGCGAUGUGUUCAAAACAGUGUACUUCAUCCUUCGGGAAGCACCGGCCCAGUUCUGGAUAUGUGGCAUGCUGCAAGUGUCUAUUGACAUUGCCAUCUUUCUUCAAGUGCUCAUCUAUAUGAACAACCCUCUGCUUGUGGUGAAAAAGCAAAGCAAACCAGCCAUAAGUUAACCAUCACUUUUUUUAUCUAGUUAAGAGUGUCCAAGGACUAACCAACCAUUUGGUUUGGAUGGGGCUGGGGGAGAACAGGGAGCAAUGCACCCGAAAUGCAGAGCACAUCAAUAAAGCAGAUGGUUUUCAUACACUCACUGUGCCUUGAUAUGUGAAAUGUCUUUUUGUUUUUAUCUCCAUUUUUAUCUUUGCUGUGACAGGCUGUUUGCGGUGUUGAUUGUUUAGAGUUUUGUUGCAUGUACACUUAGUAUGAUAAUAAAUAGUUGAGUCUAUGCUGUGAUAUAUGCAAAGCUGUUGAUAUGGAAGUACUGCAUGUAGUGUUAUCUUCUAGAAUUUAGGUCUCCUUUUUGAAUGGUUUUGAGUUUUUAUGAUACUAAUAAUAUUAUAUUUCACUUGUUUGUAUUUACUUGUCUUUUUAUUAUGAGUGAUAGAUAUUGUGAGCAAGAAUGCUUUUAUAAUAAAUAAUCCAUUUUUCAUCUUUCAUGGUCCACAACAAAAAGUUACCUAUAAUCAGAAAUUUGCUUUUUGAUUCUUUCUUUUUCAAAUCAACUAGAAUAUAAACAAAUAACAGAAAGCUGUGUAUUUUAAAUUCCACUUCACAUGUUUUCUUUUCCUAGUUCUACUGUUUGGAUUUUUUCUGUUCUGUUUUAAUAUUGCAAGCUUUCAAGUUGGGUCUAAAACCAGGUUUUUUUCUCAGUUAAUAAGCACUAAUCAAUACACAGAGUAAAGACUUGAUAGCAUGUAGAUAAAAAAAAAAUGUCCUUAAGAAGUAUUGGCAGCACUGCAGAUCUGCUGCUACUUGUUCUGAUCUGAGGAAGGUUAGCUUUUACUAUUUAUAUCUGGGUUGGUUUUUGUUUUUGUUUUUUUUUUUACAUUUUAAGACCUUAAUUUUUAUGUUUUUUUGUGAAGAGUGUCAUCCAAACUGAUGAAGUUCAUCAAUACUUUUCUAACAUCAUUAUUAUACCUUGCGUUCAAUAAAAGUUGAAAAACUCUUGGAACAAAGUUUGUCACAACCAAGGAGUUCUGUCUGAUACAUAGAUUUGUAAAAAUGUGUACAGUAAACAGACACCACCAUUUAUUUUUAAUUGUUAUAUGCUGACAUUUUAUAAUAUUAAAUUUUAACAUGUUUAUACAUGUGCACAUAAACAGGUAAAUUUUCAGGCAGUGAAAUGUAAAAGUCCCACGUUUUAAUGUUUUUGUUAAUGUUAUGUUGCAUUGAAAACUUCUUUUUAUAUAGUUUGCCGAUGCUACUAAAUAGCUCUGCUCUUUGUAAUAUUUUAAUAUUCCAUUUAGAUACUAAAUAACGUUUUUUUCUUAAUAUUACAUAGUUUCAUAUAAGAUGAUGUAAUUGCUAUAGUAAUAUGCAGAAUCUACUUUUUGCUAGACCUAACUGUUGGUAAACUUAUUGAGAAGGUCUGUACAACCGAUCUCAGAAGUUUUAGCUUGCUAUUAAUCUUUACUUACAUCUUAUUUAUUUUAUUUUUUUUUUGUUAUUUUACAAUUGUAUGUAAGAUUUUUAUAUAAAUUAAUAUAGAUUUAUUAUUUAUUUAUAUCAGGAGCCAAUUAUAUUUUGAACAGUUAUGUAUUUUGAAAUUUUACUUGACAUUCAGUGUUAUGAAUGACAUGAGUCUUGCAUUCUUCAUUUUUUUUUAAACUGUAAUUACUGACUGCAUGCUGUAUAAUAAUAAUUGUAUGCCUAUACUUAAAACUGUAUUGUUAUAAUGAUAUAUGCCUUUGCUUAAAACCUUUAAAAAUCUUUCAUAUUGUGUAUUUAGUCAUGACUGAAUAUUUUAAAAUCAAGUAUCAAAGAAAAUAAGCCAGAAAAUUUUCUUUCUAGCUCAAUAUUAAUGAUGACAUAAGUUAUCAAAUCAAAUCAGACUUUAUUGUCUGUUGAGGAGACCUAAGACAGAAAUUUUUCUUUUGAUCACAAGGGCAGGCAUACAUGCUCAUAAAGACAUUUACACACACAGGAGUAAAGAUACAUUAUCAUGGAAAACUGUAUUAUUAAAGGAAAAAGAAAUUUGACCAUAGUCUUUAAAUACGGCUAGCUAUCAUUCCAUUUAGUUCUGAUAUUGGGAUCAAACUUUGUUGGGAUGUUUGUGAUUUCAACCAGCACUGCAGCAGGCAGCAGCAAACAAUCAUAAUUCUUCUGCUUGUCUAGCCUUCAUCUUGUUUUAGGCAGUAUUAUUAUGUCAGUAUAGUUGUAUAUGUUUACUUUAAUGAGGGUUUUCGCUGUUAUAAAGAGUAAUGUAUUAUCUUCAUUGUUUUUAUUUUAUCAUGAAGGAUUUUUGAUGGGACCAGUUGCAGCUUAUCAAUUCAUCACCUUUUGCAACAGGUAUUAUUACUCUGUACAUAAUAUUUUGGGAAUUUUGAAAAUAUAUAAUUUAAUUUCUUGUUAUUACAUUGUAUCUGAGGUAAUUUCACAAACUGGAUUUUUAUAAUUUGGCCUCACUUUUGUUUCUCUGUCACUAUUGCCCUUGUACUGUGCGUGUAAGUGAAAAAGAGAGAGAUGCUACAAUGGAUGAAGUCUCUCUUGGUCAUUUGUUUUAUACUAAACAUAAUAGUUAUUGCUCAACUUCUGCCUGAUGUCAGAUUUGAAUAAAGUGUAACUGAAACGUUACCUCCUUUAGGAGCUGAAACUGC